ACGUCGAAUAUCGGUCACAGACUCCAGUGAGAAUGAACGCAUCCAAUUAAUUGCCGGGCAUCAGGCACACCACUAGCGCGGUGCACGCGCCGCGCGCGGACGUUUCCGUGUACACGCUUUUUUUUAAAUCGACAAGGAAAAGCGCGCGAACAAACGUCAACGUCGUAGUGACGGAUUUAUGUUUUUUUUUUAAUUUAUUUAAAUAGUGCGUUGUGCUGAAUAUUCCGGCCAGUAUUUAUCGUUAAUUAAAAACAACGCUUCUGCUAAAAGACAAUUUUUUGUAAGCAGGAAUUAUUAAAAAUAAUGUCUUCGAUAAGCAAUCGCAGCUGAGUGCAAAUGUCGUCGCUAUCGGUCGCUCAGCUCGAUCACCGUUGCCGAGGUUGUUUGCAAACGAUAUAGUAUCGAGCGCACAAUGAUCGCGGUGAACGGCAAUUCUUCUCGGAAAUCCACGCGUUGAUUCAUACACCGGUUAUCGGGUUUUGCGGUGGCAGCAAGCGGCGGCAUGGCGUGCGAGGUCGCAAGUUGGGUGCCGAGCGCCGUGGCGGCCACACUGCGCGCCGACCGUUCCGCCACGCCUGUGAUCGAGUGGCUCGCCCUCAUCCGCGCCUCCAUAGAAGAGUACGACCCUCUAGUCGCAGUAAGCCCGCCCGCGGACCCCGAGCCCGAGUCGGAAGACGCCUUCGAUGCCAUCCUCUCACAGCUCGGGACCGAGAUCUACAAGCUGGACGAGUACCAUAGGAACCUCGUUCCCGCGGAGGAAGAGGUCUCCCUCAGCAUACUGAACAUCUUCGACGAGUGCCUGCAGGCGAUGGAGCCCGCGACGCGAGACAUGGACACGGUGCCCGAGGAUUGUGUGGUGAACGGUGCGGUCAGUGACUGUGAGUCAAGUCUCUCGGAUGUGUCGUUUGUGACCAGUACUCCCGCCAAAAGUGAUGAAAUGUUGGAUAGUGAUGUGACACGCAGUGCGCCGGUGCCAGUGCCAAGGAGGACGGCUACGAGUGGGGCGAUGGUGCUCGACUCGGACAGCGACUCGGAGAGCACUUGCUGGAGCUACAAGGAAUGCAGUUCGGGCGUCGAGGCGGCGCGGACUUACGCUGCGGUGUGGGCGCACUCCACCGGCUUCCACAAUUCGGACGAGAUCCUCCGGCGGGUGCUGUCUCAACAUCACGCUACCAUCUCGCGGAUUGCUUUCGACGAGGCGGGCGAGUUCACUCCGCCUUCUUACUCGGUGUACUCAUUGCAUGAGGUGGACGAUAUGCAAGAUGUGUGUGACGUACGCGAGGACGACCGCGAAGGUGACAGGUGCGCCGGCGCCCGUGUCGACUCGGAGGCGCGCUCAGUCGGCGAUAUGACGCCCGACCGGCCGGACGACGGCUAUGAGCCGGUGCGCGACGCGCUCACCACGGACGAGAACAUCUACGAAGAGAUAGAGUACGGAUACAGCUACACGGACGAAGGGUGCUCGUGCGGCGGCAGCGUGGAGGUCGAGAGCUGCUCCGUAAGCGCUAGUUCGGAGGGUGUGGGCCGCGAGAGCCCUCUGUACGCUAACCUACGGGACCAUGAUGCUUACGCCGUCCCUCCCGACGUCAUCUUCUGGAAGAACCUGCUCACGGAUCCCUUCUACAACGAGGACGAGGAGGAUGAGUGGAUAACUCCGGAGGAGUGCGCUGUGUACAGUCGCGAGCGCAGGCCACCACUGGUUAUCCCUCGCAUUACACAGUACCGCGCCCCGCGGCGUGACAUCAGGCAGCAAAACUUCACUGGACAUACAUACGAGGAGUCAGCAAAGGAAUGGAGCCCUGCGUCAGAGCGAGGUGCGCUUGGGUACAGCAAGCUGAGCGCGGAGAGCCCGCCCUUCGUCAGGAUCAACAAGAAAUUAGGUGGUUCAACAGAGAACCUAAUUGUGCCGAACCUCCGGCCGAGUCACCUCCACCUGCCCGCCUCCUCCUCCGGAGACAGUCUUGACGUGGAGGUGCGUGACAAGGAGCCAGCCUACUCACGCAGCAGGAAGUCACGCUCCAUGGUCGCACACAAGAGGUCGCCAGUACCCGCGCCACGCAGAGUGCUGCCACCUACUGAGGUAUACGAGCGUGCGCCGGAGCCGGUGCAGUCAGCCAGCUCGGUGGUCGACGAGCGACUGAUCAAACGCACCAAGUAUUCAGAGAGUGGCAAGAAGAGCAAGAAGAACUGGAGCGAAUGCUACAUGGUGUUAACACACACCGCACUCUACUUCUACAAGGAUCAGAGAACGUAUAAUGCCACCAAGAUCCGCAAGCCGGGCACACCGCCCAGCCCGACUGCACCUCGUGCUGAGCUCAUCCUGCCGCUGCGUAACGCGCAUGUGCUGCCUUGUAUACAAGCCCAUACAAGAAGAUACACGAGGUCAUUCACCCUGACAGUGGGCUACGAUACAUACCUGCUGCAGGACGAGAGCGACGACAAAGCCAAGCAGCUGCUCAUGCUUAUACAGAAUAUUAUAUACAAACUGGGACCUCCGACCUUGGAGGAGUAUCCUCCGCAGUACCAGAGCAGCAACACGGACCUGGAGAGCCUGGGCCGCACGCCGCCCGUCGCAAGACAUGCACGACACAAGAAAGCCGGUGGGAGUAGCAACGAGGAUCUCAGUGAUUCCACUGAGGUUUCGACACAGAAAUCUCAAGUGACAAAAGUACUGAGAAAAUUCUUCCCGAAGCGGCCGACGAUGGAAGAUCUGGUCAAGAAAGGGAUAUAUAAAGAUGAGCCUGUAUUCGGUCGGAAGCUGGAGGAGGUGUGUUCGGAGAGCAGCCCUCGUGUGCCGGAGUUCGUGCGCGCUUGCGUCCGGGAGAUCGAGAGCACCGAGGAAAACAUGUCCACAGACGGCCUUUAUCGGGCUAGCGGGAACCUCAGCCAGGUGCAGAAGAUACGGCUAGAGAUCGAUCAGAAGAAUCAGUCCGUGAUCAGUAACAAUACAGAUAUCCACGUGCUGACUGGCGCUCUCAAACUGUUCUUCCGUGAGCUGAAGGAACCGCUCAUACCUUGCACCAUGUUUGAUAGAGUUCUCGCUGCAUGCUCGAUCAAGCCUCGUGAAGCGCGGAUUAAGGAGUUCCGCGAAAUUGUAAACUGCCUCCCCGAGUGCAACCGGGACACGCUCAAGUUCCUGCUGGAACACCUACUCAAGGUAACACAAUACAGCGAGCGUAACCGCAUGCACACAGCUAACUUGGCGAUAGUGUUCGGUCCCACGCUGCUGUGGGCGCCGGCCGCGCAGGCGCACAACAUCGCUGUAGACUGCAUUCAGCAGAACAACGUCGUCGACAUCCUCCUCAACGACUACCACGACAUAUUUGACAGGAGACAUGCGUGACUACACACGUCAUUGUACUAUAAACCAGCUGUCAAACAUACAUGAUGCAUUGUGUUGGCAACACUGGAUGAGUGCGAACUGAAUUUGUUCGCGCCAUUUAAGUUGGCACGUCCGAUGCAAGCGUACUCGUGUACCCAACGUGCCAACUAAAUCGUGUACUUAGAGAUAAAGUUGGCAGUCUUACAUAAAGUGCUUGUUUCCGAUGUGCCAACUCAUAGUGUACCCAGUAUUUGAUUUGAGAAAAAAAAUCUUUGAUAUGUCACUGGUCUCUAUGGAUGGAUAGGUUAUUGCUUGGAAAUGACAAAUUUUGCUACGUUCCGAAUUCAACACGACUGUUGAGGUUUUUGACUGUUGUACCUUGAUUUAAUCUGAAUCCUCACCUACGCUACCAACCGCAAAAUGGCGCAAGUCAAAUUGGCACAAAAUAUCACCAUUGAUAGCCUAUCCAUAUAUGGAGUUCAGCGACAUAAAUACAUGUGCUUUGUUCGAUUGCAGAAUGAAUAUAAACAAUUAAAUUGUUGAUUUUAUAUAGCUGGUUUAUUUAAGAUUAAUAAAAAAUGACAUAUUUAGGAUUUAUCUCGUAUAUUGCAGACAUAGAUUAAUGUAAGUUUCGUUGCUGUAACUUGGCGUUUCUAUUAAGACUUGUAUAAAAAUAAUAUAAAAUAUAUUUAGUAUGGCGGCUUUCUUCUGAGUCAAAAACGAAUCACAUAAAAAAUCUAAUUUACUCGAUAUAAGAUAGGUGCUUACGUUAUCUGUAAAUACCAUCGAUAAAUCGAUAAUAUUAUAUCGAUAUAUUACAAGCAAAUAUUCGAUAUUAGACUCGGUUGAAUUUCUCCUUUAUUAUUCUAACGUUUUAAUGAGUAUGCGUUGUGUAAUAGGUGAGCGACUUUCAUUAAACUUUUUUUUAUUUAUUACAACUAAUUAAAAAUGUAAAAUAGCAAUAAAGAACAUUAAUUUUAAAACUAAUAAUUUGAUCUGUCAAAAUAUUUGACAAUAAAAAUUGGCGCCAAAAUAACUGUCACGAUAACCACUUUUUUCGUUCAGAAAGUCGCUAACACAUGUAAAUGAUUAGAUUUCUUAUAGUACAUAAAUGUUAAGUUUUUAUGUUUCUUGUAGAUAAAUAUUGUGAUAUGAAUGAAAGUGUUUGUAUGUUUGUAAACUAUGAUCUCUGCGCUCAUGUUCUAACAUUUACAGAUAUAACCUGAGGAGGUUCGAUGGAAUCUUAUAGCUUGAGGUUUUUAUGAGUUUUGGCUCCGUCUUACUAAACUAUGACAGGCUGAGGUCUAUUUUUCUUGGUCAUACAACUUCGGAAUAUCUUGAUUGACGCCGUUUUAUUUAAACUACAAUUUGAAUUCCCAUUUAAAUUUAAGAUGCAAUAAAAAUUCCUUAUCAUGAUUACAAACGCAAAAUAAGAUAUUAUUUUUAAUCUGUUCUAAUUUGUGUCUGUGGUUUUGUCAAAAUUGUUAAAUAAAAAGUAGCUUGUAACGUUCGAUUCUCUCUAUAUUAAAUUCAUUCUUUGUAUGACUCUUGAAAUAAAGGAAAGAAAACAUUAUUGAGGAUUGUAUUUCGAUAAUAAAUCGGUUUUGUUAUGUGUCGGUAUAGUUUACGGGAAGACUGCGGGAAGUUUUAGAGUUUAGUUAUUGUUACUACUUGGUAGUUUUCUUGUAGUUUUAUAGUUCAUACGCCACGCGAGAUCCUAGUUACCUCUACAGCAUUCUCCGGGGCCAACAUUGUAAAUAGAAGUGUCCUAUUUUAGGCUCUAAGCCGGCUUAUUAUGUGCCUUAAUAUAAAUAUGAUUUUGUAAAUAUUCAUCAUAGAUGAUAAAAGAGGUUAUGUGAUAUGAGAUAGUUGUUGUGUGUUGUAAUUUUGUUUAUAUUUUCUUUUUUUUUGUAAUGAAAAUGCAUGCAAGUGACGGUCUAGUCCUUAUCGUUAUAAAAUGGACUUUAUUAUCAACCAUGUAAGGCGGAAUAUUGAUUAACAAACGAUUAGGUAAAAUGGCGCGCGGCGUUACUAAAAGAUUCCAAAUUAGCGAAUAACAAAAAAUGUGUC